GCGGGAAGGAGCACAAGAACCCCGAAAUGCCAAAAUCACCCAGCCGAGCCACCAAAACCCACAAAAUGGAGGAGCAGACUCGCGCCGAUUUCUCCGCCGCCGCAAGCCCGACGAACUGGAGGAAGGAGGUGGACGAGCGGCUUCAGCGGCUCCACUCCCUCCUUUUCGGCGCCGACGCCGCGCUCGAGCGCGGCGAUGCCGCGGUGGCGCAGGUGCUCGCGCUCCGUCUUCUCGGCUUCCUCGAUUCCCAGACCCUCUCCACCGACGCGGGUCCCGAAGCCGCCUUCAUCGCGCCCAUCCGUGCCGCAGCCUCCUCCCGCCUCGCCGCUGCCUCCCGCGCCCGCGCUUCCGAUUCCGACCGUGCAGCGUUUGAGCUCGCAAAAAAGGACGUUGAUUGUGUUUUUGCAAAGCAAGGAGACGUCAGCAUUGAAAAGAUCAAAUGUUCAAAGUAUUUCCAGGCUCUUCAUCAGAAGUCCAAAGGAAAUGCUGCUGUUCAACCGAGCGCAACUUGCCAAGAGUUCACAGUUCAAGGAGUGCAACAGCUUGAGGAAAGCCAGGCUGGCAUAGAGAACGAGAAGCUUAGCAUCAGGGCUUCAAAAUUAAUGACACAAACAAAAAUAACAUCAUUGUAUGGUAACAAGUCCUUGAAGGCAAAUAGUUUGUCAGAUAAGAAUAUGUUUGAAUCAGAGGGGGACAUAUCUAAAGAUUUUGCUGGUGUUGAAAAUGAGAUCAGAACAAAUCAAAAUGAUAACAGGCAUCCUAUUUAUCUGGGGGUUGAAGAGGAUGAGAAACAUUGUGGGCAAUUCCAGAGUGCAAAACGAAAGCAUACAGGAUUCAGAAGUCCAAUUUGUGAACAUGCAAAUUCUCCAUCAAGCAAUGAUGAAGCUGAUGCUCCUGCCAGUGCCAGUGGUUUCGUUACUGCCAAGAUAAAGUUGGCGAUGGAUGCUGUGAAAAAGCAUGGGCAUAAUGGCCACCAAGGUGCUUCUGUAUCCCCACAAUGUGAUAACAACCUUGGUACACGGAAUUAUGGUGUGAGGCCAAGCUGGAAUUCUCGUCGUGGGCCACGUGGUAAUUUUGUACCCCCUAUCCGAAACAAUGGGGGAUCUGCUUGCAGUACAAUCACCUCAAGGGUUACUGGAAAAAAUGACGAUUCCAUGGAAGAUUCAAUAAAAAAAUGUUUAGAAAUGCUUUGUGGCCCUGAUGGUGAGCUUCCUGAGAAGCUGAGGAAUCUGGAACCUCGCCUCAUCGAGCAUGUUAGUAAUGAAAUAAUGGAUAAAGACCCUAAUGUUCGCUGGGUUGACAUAGCUGGUUUGGAACAUGCUAAGAAGUGUGUAACAGAGAUGGUUAUUUGGCCACUACUACGUCCAGACAUCUUUCGUGGUUGUCGGUCUCCUGGAAGAGGUCUACUACUAUUUGGACCUCCUGGGACAGGCAAAACUAUGAUUGGAAAAGCAAUAGCUGGCGAAGCCAAGGCAACAUUUUUCUACAUAUCUGCAAGUUCACUCACAAGCAAAUGGAUUGGAGAGGGUGAAAAGUUAGUGCGAGCACUAUUUGGCGUGGCCUGUUGUCGUCAGCCUGCUGUCAUAUUCGUGGAUGAGAUAGAUUCACUACUAUCUCAGCGCAAAUCAGAUGGUGAACAUGAAUCAAGUAGAAGGUUGAAAACACAGUUUCUAAUCGAGAUGGAAGGUUUUGACAGUGGAAACGAGCAAAUUUUACUUAUAGGAGCAACAAACAGACCUCAAGAAUUAGAUGAAGCGGCUCGCAGGCGACUUACAAAGCGACUAUACAUUCCCCUUCCUUCAUCAGAAGCGCGUGCUUGGAUAAUUCGCAAUCUAUUGGAGAAGGAUGGCCUUUUCAAGCUCUCAGAGGAAGAAACAAGUGUUGUCUGCAAGUUAACAGAAGGUUACUCAGGAUCUGACAUGAAAAAUCUUGUGAAAGAUGCCUCCAUGGGGCCACUUAGAGAAGCUCUUCAGCGGGGUGUUGAAAUCACAGAACUCAGCAAGGAGGAUAUGCGACCGGUGAUGCUCAAGGAUUUUGAGGCCGCUCUGCAGGAGGUCAGACCUUCUGUUUCCGCAAACGAACUGGGGACUUAUGAAGAAUGGAAUAGGCAAUUUGGCAGCCUAUCAAUCUAAUUGCAUGGAGAUACUCAAAUGUGAGCACUUUGGGUGAAUAUGGGAGAGGUCUGAGUUAAACUGCUUGUAAUUUAUGAUGCGCUGCUGGCAGGAAGCAUGAUGUUUUCCAUGGAAAGGGUAUAGAACAUAUUACUGCAGUAACAAUCAAUGAAGUGUUCCUGUAUGCACCAAAAUGCCUUGAACUGCUCAUCGGUAUUCAGGGAUCCAGUGCUCAAAAUUUGUCAGCGGAACACAUCAAGGCGAGCUGAAGAUCCUGAUACAUUUGGUUCUAUCCUUUUUGUCGAUCAAUGCUACUCCCUCCGUUCCAUAAUUCUUUGCCCAAAAAUGGAUGUAUCUAUUCCUAAAAAUUGUCUAGAUACAUGUAAGAUUUCAACAAGAGUUAUGAAACGGAGGUAGUAACUAUUUCUGCAGCUUGUAAUUUUCUAUAGUUGGUCUUUGGGUGACUGAAGAGAAUCUACUCCUUGAAGUUACUUACAUUUCAUAGUUGCAGCGCCAAAGCUACAAGAUUGAAUAUGUACUGAUGUUCUGCGUAUAUUCGUGCUGAAUGCAUGUACUCAUCAUGUUCUGUAUUAGUUGCACAUCCUCAUCAUGUUUCUUGUGGCAAGUGGGUUACUUGAAGAGAUAAUGUAAUCUAGCACCAUUUUCAUUAACA